AGUUUUCGCUGUUCACUGAUUUUUACUAUCGCUAACUAUUUGUUAUAGCUUCCUCAAAAUAUGUCUAAAAUUCGACGAUAUCUAGAGGAUCUCAGACACGAUAAGGGAAAAACUUGCGAUCUAUCUAACAAGAAGGUUCAAAAGCUAAAUUCAGAUUCGCUGCUAUUACCCCUAAGAAUUUUGUAUUUGGGUGAUAAUAACUUUGAAACAAUCCCUUCUGAUAUAGGGAAAUUAAUCAAUUUGGAAAUACUUGUUUUACGUGAUAAUGAUCUAUUAUCACUUCCGCCCGAAAUUGGCGACUUACAAAGGCUAAACGAAUUACACAUUCAGUGCAACCGACUAACUGUUGUACCACCCGAAAUCGGUGGCUUAGAUUUAGUUGGACCAAAACAGGUAUUUAGAUGUAAACUAAACCCCUGGAUUAAACCAAUCAUGGAACAAAUAUCGAAAGAUUUUACUCACAUAUUUGAUUUCUUAAGAGGAGCAACUUAUAACAGAUUGUAUAGAAAUCAUAUGAGUGCUCCUCAAGAGAUAAUACCAAAGAAGGACAAGUCGAAAAAGACUAGUCUUGCUAAAAAUUAG